UACGAAGAGGCUGUAAAAAGACCUUUUGGUUAUCUUCUGAUUGAUCUGAAAGCUACUACCCAAGAUAAUUGUCGGUUGCGAACAAACGUCCUGCCCAGUGAAGAAGGCUUUAACCAAUCAGGGUUUCAAGAAAGACUAGAUGGAAAACCAGUCUUUUAUAAAUCUUAUUAUGACUCGGAGAAAUGUAUUAUUAAAGAUCUCUUGUUCAAUCUCGACAAUAUAGAAUCCUUUAAUGCAAUCAAUAACAUAGUUGAGAAAGCUAAUUUUCUUACAUGGACAGGUCUCAGGCACGCAAUUCCUUCUAUUCUGAAAACAAUAGAGUACACUACCUUUACAGAAAAUACUUAUUUUACAAAGGGGACCGAGAUUUUUGACAUAGCGGAAAAGAAAACGAACGACUACUACUCUUUAAUAAUACCAAAUAAAGCACAAUUACCUAGUAAUGCAAAGAAUUUAAAACAUGAUUUUGGCUUAUCUGACGAAGACUUAAAAAUUGCUUACAACCUUCCCCACCUGACAACACAGGAGCCUUACGUCAAAUCCUUUCAAUAUAAAGUUUUAAAUUCAAUACUUUACACUAAUGCAAAACUUUUUAAAAUUGGAUAUCUCCAGCAUGACAAAUGUACUUUUUGUAAGACUGAACAGGAAACAUUAUGUCACUUUCUAUUUUACUGUCAGCACUCAAAUAUGUUGUGGAAAAAUGUUGAACAGUAUAUUAUUUAACGAUAACAAAGGAAUUUCACGGGUUGUGUUUACGAGAGGUUAUAAUUGGAAUAACGAUGUCAAAAUGCCCCUUGUUAAAUUAUCUGAUAUUAAUUGGUAAAUAUGUAUUUAUGGGAUUGCAGAAAGAAACAGGUACUUCCAAACACUGAAGGUUUCAAAUUUAAAGUAAGAACUAAAUACCAAGUUGAAAAAUAUAUUUCCACUAAGAAUAAUAAAUUAUAAACCUUUUAUGAAAAAUGGCCGAAAGACAUUUCUCCCCUUUAAUUAAGUUCGUGAGUAUGUAAUUAAAACUGUAAUCUUUUAUUAGACACUUUUUUUUGUAUUUUUUUUUGUAUGUGUGUUUGUGUUUUUGUUUUAUUUCAGAGCGUACUGUAAAUAUUAAGUGUUAAUCUCUCUUUUAUCUACAUAAUUAAGUAUUAAUUAAUUCUUUGUAAAAGAAGCCUCAUUCGGCAAUUGCGCGGCUGUUUUGUGGCUGUAAUGUAUAUAAUUGUGAAAUGUAGAUAAUUGUAAGUAUGUCUGUUAUUGCGGUUGUUUAGAACAUUGUAAUUAGUUUCUUUUUAAGUAGUUCUUUGUAAUUAUAGUAAUAAAUGUCUUGAAUAAAAAAAAAUCAGGGUUUCAAGAAAAUAUUCAUCAAGAGCUUCUAAAAUAUCUGAAGCAGCAAACUCUUUCGCCUGUCCCGCUUCUUCCAGCUAUGCAAGAAAUACAAGGCAACAUGGAUGACGUGCUUUCUCGAAACGAUCUUCGGGAUGAUGAAAAAGCUAAACAAUACCUUCAGUUGCAAAACAGAUACCUGGCUUUUAAAGAACAAUUAAAUACAAGAACACGACCGGAAGAAAUAAUCAGCACUGUUCCAGACUUAACAUCAAGGACACAAGAUUCUUCGACAGCAACGACAGCAUUCUCCACUCCCCUCAACCCCUUUAAUGUAACAUCUGAAUUAACACAAGCGGCUACCUCUCAAAAACCUGACAAAGAAAGCCUCAUCCCUCCACCACCCUUAAAUCCUGCGUUUCUGACCCCUCCUCCCACAGUA